AUUUUUCGCUCUCUCUACAACAUACGACGCUUUUCGGUAGUCAUAAUGAUGCUACACCGUCCUUUUCAAUUCGUCCCCUUAAGUCAAACCCGCUCCUUUUCUGUCAACAGGCUUUCUUUUGUUACUCCAUGAUCUCCACCGUGCCUCCCCCCACACUGAUGUGUUUAUGCAUUGGUGAUCUUCACUCUGUUCUCACUUUUGACAGUUUUAAUGGCGAUUUCUCCGUGUUCUCCUUCCGGUCUCUGUUCGAUGAACCGUUUUAUUUGUGUAACUUCUGUUCCCUUCUCUAUUUUUCAUUGUGUUGAUUUUGCAUCGCCGGACUGGUAUCAGGUCGAUCGGUUUUGGUUUCUCCGGCGACUUCCGAUUUCAGGUCGUCGAGAAGAGUUUAGCAAAUUUGAAUUCUGUUUUGACGCUUUGCACGCCCCGGCAUUAUAUUACUUUGAUUUGAACGAGUAGGAGUUCUUUUAAGGAUGACAUUCCUUAGAGGGACAGGGAUGGGGAAGAAUUUGUCUCUUGCAAAAAUUUCGUGAAGAUCCUUAUCCCCGAGGAUGGUGGGGAUAGCUCAUCUUGGCCUUGCUUGUGCCGUUGCCAUCCCUAUUGAAUGAGUUAAGAACAUAUUUAAUAGAGUAGCUGAAGUGCAAGAUCUCACUGGCAGUGUUUUGCAUCUAACUAUCCGUCUACCAUUCCCCAACCAUUUCACUAAUGCAAUUGUAACCUGUUGCAAUUUGAAAAAGUUGUGGCUGACUUAACUGGAGAGGAACAGGUGCUUGCAUGUCAUAUCCAUUGCGGGAAGUGUAAGUUGGGUGGGAGCUUCUGUUUCCUUCAUUUGCAUCCUUCUGUCCAUACACCUGAGGGCAAAAAUUGGUAUCUACAUGUGGUAAGAUAAAAAUUUUUGACUUUAUCAAAUUGCUACAUAAAUUCUGUUAUGCUUGUGUCCUGGUGGCACUAGUGUUAAUACAUUCUUAGAAGUAUAUCAUAUUUGCCAGAAGAUACCUUCUUUUGAAGUUCAGCAUUUUCUUGGCGAAUGAUGUCUACUUUUUUGUACAGUUCUAGAUUCUCCUUAUGAAUGAGAUUUCCCUGCGAUGACACAAAUGAGUGUUAUUCAACCAAAAUAUCUCUUAAGUGGAAAUCUAGGCACACUGUAAAAAAUUUUUUGUGGAAAAACCUUGCGGUUUAGUUCUUUGAUUUCAUCAGUCAGAAUUUGGUCCUGCAGGAGAAUGAAAAAAGAAGCAACAUUAAAGAUAAGCUGAUUUCAAUUUUAGCACAACAAUCCAUUUUUUGAAAGUUUCUUGCCUUUUUCAUACGGACACCUUUCAAGCUCAUCUCUAACUUGUUUUCAAGGUUCUGUAGAUCUUUGACACUUAAACCAGAUAGUUCUUCUCCCAACAGUUGCCUGCAUGCAUAUUAGGUGGAUUUUCGAUAUGUUGAAUAUGUCCUAUACAUUUUUAAAAAUGAUUGGCCACUUUUACUUUUUGGUUGUCACUCUAGCUGUUGGUCCUAUUCUACUGUUGCUAUCAUUAUUAGUUAUUUUUUUGUUUUACUAUUUUACGUUUAUAAUUCUUGAGUUAUAGCUUGUAUGACUUGAAAUUGUGUAAUUGAAUUUUUUACUUUGCAUUAUUCUAAAUUAUUUUUAAUGUUUUUAGAAUCUAAUGAUCCUACAAUUUCAAUUUUAGUAUGGUUUUUUAAGCUGACUAAUCAAUUUCAUGCAAGGUCCUGACUCUAAGAAUUUUGAAAUUAAGCCUUGGUAGUUGCUUCGUUGUUAGGGUUCAAUAGUUUUGAUUACCUGUGGUAUCCUUGCAAGUACUGUAGCUGUUGCCUCAAGCUUAUGGCCUCCCUUUGCCAAAACUAUCAUAUGAAAUCCAAGACAACAUUCAAAACAUUAAUCAGUUUUUGAA